AUCGCUGAGUGCGCAUUAUUAUUAUACUCGAGAUUACGGCGAACGAGUAUCGGACAUCGGAUUUACAUCAAUUUUGUAUUUAGUCGCUGUGCGACAGUGUACAGUGUGCGCCCGCGCCGAUCCCCGCCGCCUCCACUUCAUUCGGUCGCAGGGAGUAGACGGCUAUGGUGGUGUUUACGCCGCUCUCACAUACUCGUAACCGCGAUAACUAAACACAACAAUUUUCUGUCGAACAAUUAAAUUAAACCACAAAUUAAUCUUUAAAGUGAUCGUUACUAAACAUUAAAAUUGUAUUUAUAUCAAUAUAACUCCUUACAAUCGAACAAGUGCAUUUAGUGUCGAGAAGGCUACAUUCCAAACCGGUGUCGUUCUUGAAUGGACGAGGUGUGUGCUCUGUGUGUGUUAUUACUUACCGAGGAGUGACUGGUUUGUGCUCGUGAAAGCUCCCGCUGGAACUGUGUGAAUAAACACAACAUUCAUAAUGUAAUAGUCGUCGACGAUCACAGAAUUAUAAAGAAAAAUGGCUCGAGAAAACGAGCGAAACUGUAUCGAGACCGCUGCAAAAACGCAAUCGGAUAGAUCUCAAGAUGCGGAAAAAACUCUCAGUGAUUGCAAACCUAACGGUUUGAGAGUGCGCUUCCUGGAUGAGGAAGGUAAGACGGAGAGGACGGUCAGCGCUGACGAGGUCGAUUGCAGCGUUACGAGGGUCAAGAAAGUACAUAUCCUUAAAAAUAGGAGCUCAAGCGAAACGAGUAUUUUACUGCGGAAUCCAUCUCUUCUCAAGAGACGUUCCAGCGAACACCGCUUGGUUGACUGUCACACCGACAAUCUCAACAAUAACAACAACAACAACACGGCUUCCAGCGAGAACCUCAAUGGCAAGGUCGAACCCUCCGACGCAGACGGUGGCGAACAAACCAAAGAAUCAAAUGGACUCUUCAAGAAGAAUUGCAACGUCUACAGUGUCCAUCAGGCGAAGACCCUUACGCCGGAAAGGAAGAAGUCGAUACCGCUGAUGAUGCCGCGGUUAUUGGCGCACAAGCCAGCGGAGGGCAAGUCCAUACUACCCGCAGAGGUCUGCUUGGCCGAGGGUCUAUCGGGGAAGGACUUUACAGCGAGAGCUAUUGGCCGCCUGUCCAGGGGUAUCGGAAAGCUCCUGCGUCGGUCCAACAGUGUGCGGAUCAGCGAACCAGACCCCGUCUACAAGGUGGCGUAUCUCGGCAAUGUUCUCACCGGCUGGGCUAGAGGUGAGAACUGCAUCGAGAAGCCGCUGGCGACGUUGUGGCGCAACUACCAGCAAUCAACAAAACCUGACGUGGUCAUGAAGCUCUCUGUUACCAACUCCGGCCUCAAAGGAUUUACCAAAGAACACGGACUAACCGAGUACUGGUCUCACCGGAUCACUUAUUGCGCCAGCCCACCCCACUACCCCAAACUCUUCUGCUGGGUCUACCGUCACGAAGGCAAGAAGCUCAAACAUGAACUCCGAUGCCAUGCAGUUUUAUGCACCAAAGAAUCUAUAUCUAAAAAGAUCACCGAAGAACUGCAGGUCAAGUUGAAGCAAGCAUUGGUUGAGUUCAAAAAGGAAAGAAUCUCAAAGCAAAACGCAAGGCUGAGUCUUGCGAACAGCGUGUAUGACAACCCCAGCAUGCCGCGUCGUAAAAUACUUUUAAGUGUUGGUUCUAUGAACUACAGACCUCCUUUAGAAAGGUCCAAAUCAGCUCCGAAGCUUGGAGCGAUCGAGGAACUUUGCUCCGAAGAAGACGAGGAGGAGGCCGAGAUGAACGCAAGAGCUAACUUGUGUAAUGAAUGGACGAGAUCAUCAUUCUCCAACGACAUGGACAAUAUGUCGAUACAGACACUUGACAGGCGACGGCCGGAUGUGAAGAGUCCAAGGAAGAUGUCUUGUCCCGAAGGCAUCAUGAACCGUCUUUUAGCGUCGCCUGGUAGCGAAACUGUUACACUUACAGAUGAACUACUCGAUUUAAUCUCCAAAGAGAGUAAUAAAGAUGUGGGAACUAGUCAUGAUGAUGAUAAACUUGAAGCAAUACUAGAGACAAACGAAAUAAUCGAUACAGCAGCAGCAAACGUGACAGAAUGCAAAUUGUCUAGUAACUUCCUCGUCACGGACAGCGACGAUGGAUCUGUUUCUUCUGGAUGCGAGACUGCCAGUACCGCUGCUUCUGACUCCGAACCUACCUCCCUCCCAUCGUUACCCCAAGAAGACAAAGUUGCAGAAGAAACCGGUGAUAGAAUUGGUAAUUAUUCUAAUGAAGUAAAUCAUGUCCCUAUUGGCGAGAAAAACGGGUUCCGACGUAGAUCUACGUACCCUCCUCUCAGCGCUAGUAUCUUGAGCAACUUUGAAGAGAACUUUGAAUCUCUGAUUGAUAACCUCACUGAUGCGGACAGUCUGACUUCUAGCACCGAAACUGAAGUGUUCAAGAGUGUGGGUGACAGCGACAGCGCCUGCAGUGAUGAAUCAGGCUACUCCGAGUUCUUGGACGGAAAGGAAAGCAUUAUUGGGAACACUAUUAUGGUUUAAAUCAAGUGUCGCGAUUUCAUGAAAAUCGGUGCAGAUUAUAAGUUCACAGUUACAUGCUCGUUUCUUCAAUCAAUAUUAAACUUUAUCUGUGCGACUUGGAGCUUACAUACUAGGACCACCUUAGCGUUGUAAAUACGGUGUUUUAGUUGUAGAUAAUGUAUCCUGUAUGAAGUUUUGUUUGGUAAAUUAACUGUCCUUAAAACAGUUUGUGCUGUACAUGGUCCCAUAAGUUGAGAUGUUUAUUUUUGAUUUGUAUAUAACAGGGUACAUAUGUACUUUAGCCAGUUGACGUAUUACUAUAUUUAGAUGUUUGUUUGUAUAUAAUGUAAGUUGAAGAUGUUAAUAAAAAUGGAAAUUAUUGUCAUGUAGAUCGUAGUUGUGAAGAGAUUUCUAGAGAUAUAUCUUACGCCGUUUUUUGUUUAGGUUAUGGUGUUGAUGGUAUAGCAGUGUAGGGUAAAAAGCGUAACCCUCAUCUUUAGAUGCAUCUUAGCUUUCAUAAACGAUUUAUGAGAUUUAUUAUAAGUUAUAAAGAAUAUCCGCGAGAAAUAAUUAUUGUCCAACUUAUUAUUGAUUAAAGGCUUCAGGCACAAGGCGUGUUAAAGGAAAUUUAAAAUCGAAAUUUUACUUAAAAUUAAAAAAAUGUUGUAAUAUAACUUUCUGUUCAUAUCAUUUUCUUAAUUUUUUCCAUAAUUAACACUAUUAAUGGCAGUAGUUUGUUUGUUAACCAAUAGGAACAACCAACAAAUUGUUUGCUAACCAAUAGGAAAUAAAUAUAUAAAAUCACAAUAUUAAAUCGUUAACUUGUACAAAAGAAAAUUUUAAGAAAUCGAACUAGUUUUAAAAUCAUUUUAUUUACAAUUAAUAUUUGUUAGUAUAUUUGUUAUAGUAGUGUAUACAGAACUUUUGGUACAGGUGUGUUGUUAAACAAUUAGCAAAAUCACUUCACGACACUACUAUCUCGAUGUAUUAAUAAUUAUUAUUAUAUCAUAAAAUAAAUUAAUUUUGGGAAAAUGUUUAUGCAGCAAUGUAUUAAAAAAAACUAGUGCGUCCAAACUAGAAAGAGACAAUUAAUAAACAGAACAAUUCAAUCAAUAAUAUUGACUCUUCCCAGCGGUCGAUGUACGCAAAAUAUUUCCGCGAUCGGUACGUAUGACGUCACUAUGUAGCUUAGAAUCUAAAGGUCGUAGGUACUUACGCAUUCCACAUUUUUCGGGCAGUGUCUGUAAGCAGUGUCACGUUUGUAGAGAGGAUUUAUUAAUGAAAUUAAUAAAGUGAAAAAUGAUGAAAAA